AACGUUGCUAUUCUGUAUAUUUUUUAUACACGCCAAUAAAUUUCAGACGUUUAGUAUUAACAUUUAAUCUCAUUUUUACAAUUUCGAUUUUCGAGAUUGAUCGUUUGAGAAACGGUGAAAAAUUCUCAAAAUAAAAAAUGACAGACUACGCACAAGAAUUUAUGGAAAUGACAGAAGCUGCUAAAACUAUGAUACCUUUGAUGCGAGACAUGGAUGAUAGGUCUAUAGUCGAUAAAUGGAUCACUAGAGUGAAGUCUCUGCAGAGUAAGGACGUGAACGUAUUGAAACACCGGAACAAUUUUUUGAAAUAUUUCAUGGGAAUCAUCAAGCGGACGAUUGCCGAGACCGGACAAUCGCCGGCGUGUUGCAUGUGGGGAAAACCUGAACCCGGACCUUUCGACAAGCAAAUGCCUCCGCCUAAACCUCUGCCAUAUCAGUGCCACUGGACGCCGGAUAAACGAACUUACGUAGCCAUUCAACCACUGCCAAAUCGAGGAGCAAUGGUGUAUAUGGCUGUGGCAGAGAAACCUGAACUCGGCUGGGAAUUCCCUAAGAAAGAAAAAUAAUUAUAAUUUUAUUAUGCGUCUGUAGCAUACCAUAAUAUAAUAUAUACAAAAUGUAAAACGUUUUACAAUAAAUAAUAUUAUACAUCAAAAAUUAAAAACAUUUAAAA